GCUACCCGAUCAGAUAGGGUUGUAACGUUACCCAAUUCGAUACACACCUUUGUAUUUGUACCUGUAUACAUGUUACUAAUGAAUUGUAUUAAAUGUAUUAAAGCACGUGUAAUAUAAGUAGGGUAUAUAUCAUAUGAACAAUAGGCUCCGUGCUCGUCCACCAUUCGGCGAAUACACACGACAUAGCUAGGUAUAGAUGUAAGAGGCGUCAAACACAGGCCCACGUAAAUACAGUUGUUUACAUUAGUACGAGUAUCAAUUAAGGGGUUUAAGUGGACAAAGCGACGAUAAGAGCUACAGAAGGACUUUAAUCAGACAGAAUUCCUAUGUAACGUAUAUAUAUAUAUAACAGAUUUGUGACUUUUGGCGGUACCUAUUGCCUGUAUAGGUUACUCCACAUACUUAAUACACACAUAUUCACCAUACCCAGGACACAAUGGAAUUGACGCUCACAUUCUUGGUGAGCACCCAGUUGAGAAAAGAACUGUGAAUCAGUGCCUUAAAUCUGUGCUUAAGUUAUUACAGUAGAUCGACAUAGGAAGGCGGAUGUAUACUAGUAAAUAAGGACAUCUGUACACGAGGAGUUCAUCGAGAACAUCCUAGCUGAUGGCGUUUCUGUGUCCAAGUCGGGUGGGCAGGAAAACCAAAGUGAGAACACCGAAAAAGAAAGACAAACCUUUUGAUGGCCUUCCUGGGAGGAUCACCGGAAGUGACAGCAUAGAUACCCUGCAGCGUGUUGGUCUUGAGAAAGAGAGCAGUCUGUCACCAAAGUCAAAAGUCAGAGUUGUUACCGACUUUCAACCAUGCGUGGAUGAAGAGGUAGCCGUAAAACGCGGAGAUGAAGUUUAUUUGUUAUAUAAGGAAAAUGACUGGGCAUACGUCAUCAAACGAAACGGAGAGGAGGGGUUUAUUCCGUACAGUUACUGUACAAGGUUGUUCUGUCCAGAAUCAAUCUCGCCGGACAUUUCCAGGAAAAAAACAUUUGAAGAAUCACGUUUUGUAGAAAGAGAUUCUUUUUUCACGGAUGAGUGGUCAUCGGAGUCUCCGAAGCAGGAUUCCGAAACGAAUCUAAGAGAUCCUACUACUAACAGGGGGAUUAUUACUCGUGAAGAGAUGAUACGGAUAUUACAACCCCCUCCACCCAUCACGGAGGACGUUAAACCGGAAGUGAGGCCGUUCAGGAAGACUUCCCAUGGCCAGUUCAUUGUCUUGUUCGACUUUUCCGCCUUGGACGAGAACGACACCAACGUGGAACGUGCGGAGCUCGUAGAUGUCCUCAACAUUGAGGACCCGGAUUGGUCCUGGAUACGUCACUAUGACGGCCGAGAAGGGUUCGUGCCCAAGUCCUACAUUUGCCCAGUAGAGCCGCUGAAGGCAAUAGAGAAGGCAAUCAAUGGAGGUCAUAGUCGCCAAAGCAGUGCAACAGGGCGUACGUCCGCGUCCUCCUCCAUCUCAGGACUCGGUCCAGCGCCAAAGAACCACCAGAGAGUGUCAAACAAUUUACGGACCGGCCAUCCUUACUUGUCACAACCUUCUCUUAAUGUGAUGACAAACGGAAAAAGGUCGUCACGUGAUGAUGUUAAUGUGAAACUUUUAAAGACAUUUGCUAGCAGCGACGCAGUGAACAGACAACAGGGAAUGUCUAAUACUCGCAACUUCUUGGCUUUCAAUGAGUCUACGUCUACGCUUCCCCCUCCAACGUCUCAGGUGAUCACUGUUCGUCCGCCAACCCGGUCCAUCAGCCAGACCAUCACACAGAACGACCAGCGGGAGGCAGGUCUAUCGUCUACAUUCAAACCGAAGGGGAAACAAUCCGCGACCGACAGUGACUUUGAUGAUCCUGCAUGUGCCUCAUCUCUGCCAGGAACACCGCGAUUUGAGACUAGUCAACAUCCACAAACUGAUACCAUGAAACAUAAUCAGCAAAGUGAACAAAUCGACCCCGUGUCAUCGGCUGACAAUAAUAUAUCAGACAACGCACACGUGCAUGCGACACCAAAGCCAGGAGAGAGUAAAAAGGAGUCCAACGCGAUGCAUGUAUAUGUAAAUGUACCAUUCAAGUUAAAACAAUCCGACAACCAACGAGAUCGCGACCCUACAACGAGUGACAACGUUAUCGAGUGUGUUUUGUUGUAUGACUAUACAGCGCGCUCUCAGGAUGAUCUGACCGUCAAGCGUGGGGACAGUGUGUACGACGAUGGGCGUAAUCGGGGUAAUUCACACUGGCGGUGGGUGUUUUCGCCCCGUGCCAAGGCCUACGGCUACGUACCUAGGCAAUACGUCAAGCAAGUCGUACAGACUUCGUUAUAAAAGUGUGGUGCGGCAGAUAUGACGAUCUCCGUUAAUACUUUUGUGUAAUUGUAGGUAUGAAUUGAAGGUUGAGGGAAAGUGUAUUAGAGCCAAGUUCGUGAUUGCAAAAUCAGGGAACACUGUCCAAUUCCAGUUUCUGUAACAAUAACGGUCAUCAAUCCGCCGCUGCAUACGCGAUAGACACUUAACACAUUUCCAUGAGCAUGUAUCAAUAUCUAUACCCCAACUAUCCUGUAUAACAUUAUUCCGUAUUUAUUUCCUCCCUAUGACUUCCGUUAAGGAUAUGUAUGUUGACAGGAGGUUAGUUAUUAAAGCUAUUCUUCUCUUGGUCACAUCUAUCUACUUAUUGGUAAUACUGGUGACGUGUUGGUAAGUGGGCAUAUUUAAAAUGUUGGUAAGAUGAAAGGGCAUGAUUUUGUUGGUGUUGGUAAGGUGAGAGGGCAUGAUUUUGUUGAUGUUGGUAAGGAAAGAGGGCAUGAUUUUGUUGGUGUUGGUAAGGUGAGAGGGCAUGAUUUUGUUGGAGUUGGUAAGAUGAGAGGGCAUGAUUUUGUUGGUGCUGGUAAGGUGAGAGGGCAUGAUUUUGUUGAUGUUGGUAAUAUGAGGGGGCAUGAUUUUGUUUGUUGGUAAGGUGAGAGGGCAUGAUUUUGUUGAUGUUGGUAAGAUGAGAGGGCAUGAUUUUGUUGGUGUUGGUAAGGUGAGAGGGCAUGAUUUUGUUUGUUGGUAAGGUGAGAGGGCAUGAUUUUGUUGGUGUUGGUAAGAUGAAAGGGCAUGAUUUUGUUGAUGUUGGUAAGGUGAGAGGGCAUGAUUUUGUUGGUGUUGGUAAGAUGAGAGGGCAUGAUUUUGUUGGUGUUGGUAAGAUGAGAGGGCAUGAUUUUGUUGAUGUUAAGUAAGGUGAGAGGGCAUGAUUUUGUUUGUUGGUAAGAUGAGAAGGCAUGAUUUUGUUAAAGUUUGUAAGGUGAGAGGGCAUGAUUUUGUUGGUGUUGGUAAGGUGAGAGGGCAUGAAUGUGUUGGUGCUGGUAAGGUGAUAGGGCAUGAUUUUGUUGGUAUUGGUAAGGUGAGAGGGCAUGAUUUUGUUGUUAUUGGUAAGAUGAGAGGGCAUGAUUUUGUUGGUGCUGGUAAGGUGAGAAGGCAUGAUUUUGUUGGUAUUGGUAAGAUGAGAGGGCAUGAUUUGGUGUUGGUAAG